AGAAAAUGUCAUUUUUGUAGGAUGAUCAAAGGACAACCCAUGAAACCCAAUGAUGAUGGUUGUUUGUGUUUUGCAGCUUCUUAUUUGUUAAGUACAGGAAGAGUUUUUAUGAAAAGAUAUUUAUGGAGGAGAACCAAUCAUGGCUUACUGGAAUGGGGUUGGAGGACACCCUCCUUGUCUAUACGUUCUAGCACAAAUAACUCCCACCCACGUCAUAAGUCUCCUCGUUCCAUAGCAAAGUUUUUGGAAUCGGACUCAGAAAAUAGUAACAACAAACACCUUUUAUGGAAUCCAGAGCGACCAGCAACAAGUCUUCUAAAGUAUGUGCUGAUUACUGCUUUUAUAUUUGUUACUUUCUGUGCGUUGCCUUUCACUCUUCAUGCACUUCCCUUUCUUCUUAUAUGGCCAGUGGCGACAGUGAAAAUGAUAUUCAUUCCUAUUUUUAUUGGUCUAGGUCUUUUUAUGGGAAGCUAUUUCAUCUUGUUCAGUAUUACUGCUUUAACCUUUGUUUCUUUGACCUCUCUUUCUUUUCUGCUUCCACUCAUUGUUCUAUUCUCUUUCGCAGUGUUAUUACAAAGUUCGAAGAGAAAUCAAAACCAAAACCGAGUUUCUAUUCCCAAAGGAAACAUGGUAAGAGACACAAAUAUUGAAAACAGAGAUGAAUGGUUUGAGACUUUACAUCGGAGAACACAAGAUGAACUUGAACUCUUCGACAAUCGUCUUAGACAGAAAACCAAACCUGCAGAACUGAAAUUGUGGACAAUGGAAGAUAUUUUGGAUGAGUUAGUCUCUGCUGAUUUGGAAGAAUAUAUCACAAAAUUCCAAGAGCAUCGAAUUGAUGGAAGAGUCUUGUCACAGCUCACAGAAAAGAAUUUGAAAGAUGAUCUUGGCAUAUACAAACUUGGAGAUAGAAAGAGAUUGAUGACUCUUUUUCGAAUAAGAGAAUAGUUUUGAUUCCUAAGAUGACCUAUUGUUGGUAAUGGGUUUUGUUUUCACAGAGAAUGGGAUGUACCUAGUCUAUUCCACUUUGUAUAUAUUUACUUGAUAUCCAAAAAUGGUAUUCUUUGUGAUUCGAGUGAAAACUAUAAUAGAUACUUGUCAUAUUGUGAUAAAGCAACCUUGACAAAU